GGCUCGGGUUACAGUCGAGCUCGGGCUGCCGCACACACCGGAGCGCGGCGAGUUUCUCCCCCCGCACACAAAGGUACACCGGCGUGGACAAUGUUGGCGAGCGGAUUCGGACGCACCGAACGGGCUCAGCGGAGGGUCUGACCUUCCCCUCGGCACUUUUGUUCUCGAAAUCGUGCGCGCGGCGACGGGAGCCAGGCGGACACCGGGGCGAGUGCGCGCUCACACACUCACUGUCCAGAGCGGCGCGCCGGAGCGGCACUGGAGGCUGCCCCGCCGGAGCGCAGCACGCUGAGAGCCGGGAGGAAUAUUUACAAUAGCAACUCGACUCCUUUUUUUGCGGGAGAAGAAUAGCAAAGGAGGGGGGAGAAGGAGGAGGAGUGGAAAGACAACACUGGAAUGAAGCGGGACCUCGACAUUCCCAGCGUGCUGCGGAGUUGUGACUGACGGAUGACCGCGGUCAUCUGCAGGGGAUCCACGGCGACAGGUACAGGCGCCACCGGCGGCGGAGCGUUCUGACAAAGGCACGGCGCAGCGCUUCAUCGGCAGCCGCAUCCAGAUCGGAUCGGAUCAGAUCGCGUCUCCCAGAAAAAAAACCAAAAAACCCCAACCUGUAACGACUGGUUCGAUCUGUUCCGUCACGCAUCAGCUCGGACCGCGGAGACUGUGCCUCUCGAGGCCGUUGUCUGAGCCACAGGUCAUCCAGGACACUCCGGGGAAACCCGGCGCUCCUGCGGACAGUUCAGCCGAGGACACGCGGGGUCUACAGUGAGCUGGUGGGCAUUUGCUUUUUUUUCGCGGAACAAGUCGCACAGAGGGACAUGUAUCUGACAUCGACCGCACACGCUCCAGACUGAUCGCGGCUCACCUUCCCCACCGGGCGAACCACAGAGAACGAGGCUGCCGAGGCGCACCGCUCCGACUUCGCGGCUCCGACACACACCGAUCAGAAUGGCGGGACCCGGCUGUUGGAAGUAUUACCUCUGGAUCUUUAUUCUCAUGUGCAGGUCGGCGCUGCCGUCGGCCAAGUCGCUGGAGACUAUCAUUUGGAGCUCGCAGAACCCCAAGUUUCUGGCCGGAAAAGGCCUGGUGAUUUACCCAGACAUUGGGGACAAGCUGGACAUCAUCUGUCCCAGGGCGGACCAAGGCAGAGAGUACGAGUUCUUCAAGCUGUACCUGGUGAAGAGGGAGCAGGCGGAGAGCUGCAGCACAGUCCUCGACCCCAAUGUCCUGGUCAACUGCAACAAGCCCGAGAAGGACAUCAAGUUCACCAUCAAAUUCCAGGAGUUCAGCCCCAACUACAUGGGCCUGGAGUUCAAGAAGAACGUGAACUACUACAUCACCUCGACCUCCAAUGGCACAGUCGAGGGCCUGGAGAACCGGGAGGGAGGCGUGUGCAAGAGCCGAGCCAUGAAAGUCAUCAUGAAAGUCGGACAAGUUCCGAACGCGGUAAACCCCGCGGCUCCGGAUGCUCCAGAAGACAACGCCAUCCCGGAGUCCAGUCCCAGUCCGCCUGACCAAGGUCGGAUUGGGCCCGAGAUGCCAGGGAGCUCUGACACCAUGAAUCAGGAGGAGGGUUCCUCGUCCAACUCGGACGGCAUCCUCGGCUCCCGAGUGGCCGUGUUCUCCGCCAUCGGGGCCGGCUGCAUCAUCUUCCUCCUGCUCAUCCUCCUCCUCGUCAUCCUGCUCAUCAAGAUGCGCAAGCGCGCCAGGAAGCACGCCCACUCUCAGCCCCGCCCGUCGGCGCUGUCGCUCAGCACGCUGUCCAACCCCAAGAUGCCCGGGGGCACGGCUGGCACCGAGCCCAGCGACAUCAUCAUUCCGCUGCGGACAGAGAACAACUACUGCCCUCACUAUGAGAAGGUGAGCGGCGACUAUGGCCACCCCGUCUACAUUGUCCAGGAGAUGCCCCCGCAGAGCCCCGCCAACAUCUACUACAAAGUCUGACGUGCGCCGCACAGCCCGCGACACAGCCAGGAGAGAGAAAGGAGGAGCGCUUGAUUUAUGUUCCUGGGAAGAACACCUUCCUUUGCAUUCUGGGGACUUGAUGCUUCUUCAAGCCCCUGUUAUUUCUACCACCUGCUGCACAAAUCUGGAGAGACACGCACUGACCAGUAACCAGCGGGGUUGUGAGCUGACUGUUGAGAGGUUUAUUCUGUUUGUUUGGGUUGUCUGAAAAUCCCCACCACCCCCCACCUCCUCCUUACCUCCUCCUCCCCAUCUCCCCCCCUACCCAAUGUCUACGUGUCCCUGCUGUGCGCCAACAGGGGGGCAGGGCUGGAGCAAACCAACAGAUGGAACUUUAGCUUCCUGGUUUGCUGUCCCCUUUAAUGGGCAGGAUAUAACUUAUCUGGGUUCCCUGAAGUACAGUCUGUGCUUCACCCAAUUAAACACACCACCAUAGCACACUAGCCAGGAACAGGCAGACACAGGCCCCGGACGCCACUCCGCCUGCAGUUUGUGUGCAAGCAUAAAAUGUGUGUGUGUGUGUGUGUGUGUUCGUGUGUGUGUGUGUGUGUGUGUGUGUGUUAGUCAGGGCUCCGUGCUGGACCAGGAAACUCUCCAGAUAGCUCAGGUAUCAGACACAGUGUGUGGAAUAAAGUGUUCCUCUCCCUUCGCACCUCUGAUGUUUGCCUUACUUACUAUUUUUGAUGGAGGAUUCUUUCGAACCCUGAGUCAGUUCACAAAGCAGUUGUAUUUUGUUAGACUUUUCCUACAAGUGCACAAUGUAUAGAGUUGAAUAGAUCACCGUCAUUACCCCAUCUGUACACCACCCACGUCAUCCAUUGCAUUCGUCCCCCCCCCCCCCCCCCCCCCCCCCCCCCCCCCCCCCCCAGAAGAAUCACCCUGACCCGGACUGUUGAUGUCGAGGCGUGUAUGAGUAGGUGUAUAAGUAUUUGUGUGUGUGUGUGUGUUCCCGGGAAUACUCCCUUCUCCACUGGUCUGAUGUGAGCUUUACCAUUACCCUGGUAUUUAUGACCUACUUGUAUGAAUCUGUGUCCUCUGGGACUGUGUGUUUGAGUGUGUUUGGACAUGUCUAGACCAGUCUAGUAUCCGGGCAGACUUAUUGGCUUAGGGGUAAAAUAGUAAGUUACUGUAUCAUGAGCUUCAAAAGCACGACAGACCGAACGCGCCGCCAGACAGACAUGCCCAAGAUCUUACAGAAUCCAUCUCGCGCUCGAGCUGUCUGAUCUGAUGGGCUUUCAGAUUUCUUUUUUUUUCUUCAAAAAGCAGGCAGGUUGAUAUUUGCUUGUCCGGGCUUCUGGUGCUACAGAGUAAGGAUCAAACAGUUAGUUGUGCGCCUGCCGCUCGGGCGAGGUGCACGUCGGUUGGCCUACAUUAGGUAGGUUGCCCCAUAUACGUACAGGUCGGACGGCGAGCUGUGGCUGAACACCGGGAUGCGUCAUUGUCAGAUGCCAAUUGGCAGAUGCCAUCUGUAGAUGAGUCGGUGGAGUGUGCAGUCAGCGGUGUCGCCAGCGUGUGACUAAUCUAUGUGCCAUCUCCGUGCCCACACUCACCAGCCAGGGAGGAGAGAGAGAGACAGAGAUAGAGAGGGGAUAAAGGAGAAAAUGUUCCUGUGACUUGGCGCUAACCUGAGAGGAAGAUGGCGGUGGGUGGGUGGGGUGGCUGGGGUGAGGGGGAGGGUGUAGUUUAGCAUUCAUUUUUUAUUUUCCCCCCAUCCUCUCACCAGUUGUGCUGUGAAUAAAAAUGCUGUGCAGAAUAUUCCACAGUCAAGGUGUUCAGCCGGCGAGGACACUGCAGCUCAGCUAUCACACAGCCCAGGGCAGCGGCACCGAGGCGGGAUUUACUGCGGCUGGAUGUGUGUGCACACUAAAGCCCCCCUUUAGGUGGGGUGGGGAGAGAGAGAGAGAGAGAGGUGGUGGGGGGUGGGGGGGGGCGGGGGUGGUAGGGGUUGAUUGAAUCUGUCUGUGUGAACAUGUAGCCGCUUGUAUGUGUGCUUAUUUCUGAUUAUAUUUGCAAUUUUUUCUUCUUCUUUGUGCGUGUAUGUGUGUGUGUGUGUGUGUGUGAGCGUGCGCGCGUGCGUGUGUGUGUGUGUGUGUGUGUGAAAGCGUCUGUGGUGUGGCAGCUGAACAGACUUGUGUUUGGGGGGACUGGAGGAAGGUGCUCCGAAACACCGUGGCUGCCAGAGUACGGCGCGCCGCAGUCCCAGUUAAUGAUGUGUGAGAGGAGAGGCGAGAGGAUAAGAACAGCUCCUCCUCAGUGCGCAGACACAAGCUCACGUUUGAUGGCCCGCGCACACACACACACACACACACACACACACACACACACACACACACACACACACACACACACACACACACGAACGCGCGCGCACAGACACACCGAGACUGACGGGUCCAGGUUUAUCUCCAGUCAAACGGUCGGACUGCCGGGUUGAAUGUUUAUUCACCGGCGGAGAAGACCCAUCAUCCGCUGCCACAAACUGUUGCCAUCCACAGAUGCACACUGCUGAGAUAAAAGGCCGCCCGGCUCGAAGACUCGGGGAAGACUCCAAUAGCUUUUGCGUGUCGUUAACCUUAGAGUUAACUGCCUAAGCAGCUGCUCGUGCUGUCGUGGUCCUGUGUUUUAACUCAGCAUGCAGCCCCUCCCUCGGCCCUCUGUGAAACACAUCCAGAUCAAAUAUUUUUGUUUCGGACCGAUGCGCAUCCGUUCGCCUAAAACCAGCCAAGGGAGUCAUUACCAGAUUACCACAAACCAUAUCUCAUUUUCAUCCAUUCUCGUGACCACUCAGUGUUGUUCAAAUUUGGGGGGAGAGAAGAAAAAAAUUCUCAUCAAUUGAGAGGAGAUAUCAGAGAAGUGUAAAUAUAUGGAUAGAGCCCAAUUUAAGAUGUAAUUUCACCUGAACACUGCUCAUAAUAAAAAAAUUUAAGAUUAGAUUUUUGUAAUGGAGGAUGUUUGUAAAUAGCUGUCUUUUUAAAGUGUGUUUUGUAAGAAUCCUUGCAAUUUCUGUCUCUGUUUGCAAUAUGUUUUUAUUUCAUCUUCUUCUUCUAGAGUUAAACUGAAUAUUGCAAGGGACACACAGGCUGUCUCUUUUUUUUUUUUUUUUUUUUUUUUGCAGUGUCCGGUAUUGUCAAAAAGUCUUUGUUACCACACGUGUUAAGAAAAAGAAAAAAAAAGAAGAACCCCCCCCCCCACACAAAACUGGGGCUCAGAGUUCUUACACCGUCGUCCAACAGGAUGGGAGUCUCUCGGAAACUGUUCGGGACCGGAGCUUUUGUCACCGAGCGAGCGGCUCUGAGGUGGAUACGUCGUGGGGAUGAUAGGGCCCCUUCCCUGUUGGAGACAGCACUUGACUCUGCGUAUGAAGACUGUGUUAUUCCACUGCCUUUGAGGUACCUUCACCUUCCACUCCAUCAUGAGAUGUAACAGGAAAGAAACAAACAUUUUUCUUUUUGCUUCCACAAUGAUUAAUCUUUCCUCCGUUUUAAUGAGUCUGUCGGGCCGGACGGAGAGAGACGUCGAGAGUGAGGGGGGGGGGGGAGAGGGAGGAAAAGGGAAAAGAAAAAGGAAAAGGGGCCACGCAUAUGAGAGUGUGACCGUGCUGCACUCGCCAAUAAAUCAUCCGGUUUACUCCGCUCAUUAUCUCCCAGGCGGUCCUUUGUUUUAAAGUUGCUCUCUCUCCUCCUCCGUCUCUCCCUCCGCCCCUCUCCUUUGUCAUCUCUCUUUUGCCUAAUUUAGCACGAGGAUGCCGGUCGCUCAUAAACCACGAGCCUCACUGUAGGUUGACUUUUUCUGCUGUUGUUCAAAGCCACAGUAUUAUUUUACAAUGUGCAUGUGUAAGCAAAACCUGUUGAAUUUGUUUCCCUUUGUUUGAAUCAUAACUGUCAAGUUUUGUUAUUUUAUUUCUCUCUCUUCAUUUUUCUUUUGUUUUUUAGUUUUUUUGCCAUUCACUUUUUUUUCCGCCGCUUCUCAGCGUAACCUAUUGGCACCAGCUACAAUGGAUAUAACGUUCCACCAGUUUGGAAACAUCCGCAUUAUUGAUAAAUAAAAUUUUUCCCAUGGAA